UGGGCCCCGCGGCACCUUGGCCUGGGCUCAGGCUGGGCCCAGCUGCGGAACAGCUCCUCUGGGGCUGGCACUCACUGCGGCCUGCAAAGCCCUUGGUGCUCGAGGUCUGGAUGGGCCCAUGCUCCUCAGGAUGCCAAGACCGGCUUCCUGGGCACCGUGGUCCAAAAUUCACCUUGGGUUUGUCUGUCUCAUCCAGGAAAUAGAUGGGCAAAUCGAGACCUCCUCAGUGCUCUGUCUUGGGCUCAGGGGAACCACAGUGCUGUUGUGGUCUCUGGGGAACAAAAUUUGGUUACAUUAUCUUUAUCUUCCCUGGCCAGGAAGAAGGCAAGAGCAAUAUAGCACUGGGGUGUGUGACCCAGCCAGGACCAGUUAAGAGGCACAUCAGAAACAGCUCUAUCUGUGAAGGGAGGGCAGAGAGGUGGUCUUCUCUGUGGACCUGCGAGAUGGCUUUCACAGGGGCUCCACACACUGUAACUUGGGCUAUGUAGAUAUGGGUGCUCAUACCCAGAAACAUGUUUGUGGACGUCAAGGGAUGCCAUGCCCUGGCAGGAGCAGAGCUGAAUCUCCCUUGAGCUUGCCCUGCCACCUAUGAGCGAGAUGUGACCCUGGGCUUUUUGAGACACUCCUACUUCCUGGAGAUAAAAUCAUGACAAAACCAAGUUCCAACAGAGGAACUUAGCCUGGAGGCAAACUCGGCUCCUGUAGGGCUAGGGCUGAGCAGAUCCUGUGGUCAGGAAAAGCUUAGAAGUAGGCAAUAAACUUUGUCUCUGCUCAGGUCUCUCUGACACUCCCAUGGUUGUGUCUCUGCAGAAGGGACACGGCUUGGAUCGGACUGGGGUGUGCAGGGAGACCCCCUUUGGUUCUCUGGGGGCAUGGUCAAUGCAGAGAGGGGGCCAGUGAGGUAAGAGAUGGGAAGGAAGGGGAAUUUCAGAUGCUCUACAGGGCAGUCCAGACUGGAAGAUGUAAAUGGAGAUCAGGCUCCAUAAAGGAGCCCGUCUCCAGGGUUGAACAGCUUGCAGACACCUUCAAACAGAGCAGGAGGGCCAUGCUUUGAAGUUACCCAGAGGAGGAGGGUUCUUUUGGGCUCUUGCGCAGAUCCUACGCAGGCUGUUUCCCUUGAUGUGCCUGGCAUGGCCAACAUAAAUGUCCCUACACCUAACACAGCAGUAACCAGCUUGCUCUGCUGCUGCCUCACAGCUCUGAUCUCACUACCCGCACAGACACAUCUCCAGUCCUACCACAUCCCCUGGCCAUUGCUGCAGGACAAGCACUCACAUCCUCAAGCAGUUUCUGCUCAGCAUCUGGGAACUGCAAUCCACUCCUCUGUCUUCCAAUGAAGACUGACUCGGUGGUGAUCUCAGGCCAAAGGAAGAGAAGGAGAUGCAUGGCACAGAGCCAUUGAACAAGCGAGACAGCCCGGACUCCAACAGGGAGGAUGGCAGAGCCACUCUCAUCCUGACCCUCACCCUCUGCAAUGUGAGCAAAACUGAGCUCUCUAAGGCAGCCAAAGUCUUUGAGAUGUUUGAAACUCAGAUCCAUCACUUUGAAACCAGACGAGCCAAAAAACCUAAGAAUGCUACUGAUUAUUUUGACAUUUUCAUUGAAUGUGAAGUUCACAGUGCUGAUGUUAGUAUCCUUAUCACUUCCUUAAAAAGAGUGACAGAGGACGUGAAAACUAGCAGAGAAGAGAAAGUGCCCUGGUUCCCCAGAAAAAUCCAAGAUCUGGACAGGUGUCACCAUCUGAUCACUAAGUAUGAUCCCAGUUUGGACCAUGGUCACCCUGGUUAUGCUGACCUGGAGUAUAAGAAACGGAGGGUGUUCUUUGCUGACCUUGCCUUUAAUUACAGAAUAGGAGACCCUUUGCCUUGCAUUGAGUACACUGCGCAGGAGACUGCAACGUGGAGGGAAGUCUACAGGAAGCUGAGAAGCCUUUACCCUACUCAUGCUUGUACACAGUACCUGGAUGCUUUCCAGCAGCUGGAGAAACACUGUGGCUACCAAGAGGAUAACAUACCUCAGCUUCAGGACGUCUCCAGAUUUUUAAAAGAGAGAACAGGUUUCCAGCUGAGACCAGCUGCAGGUCUGCUGUCUGCUCGUGACUUCCUUGCCAGCCUGGCAUUUCGUGUCUUCCAAAGCACACAGUAUAUAAGGCAUUUCUCUUCUCCUAUGCAUUCCCCAGAACCAGACUGCUGCCAUGAGUUACUGGGUCAUGUUCCCAUGCUAGCUGACAAGGAGUUUGCCCAGUUCUCACAGGAUAUUGGACUGGCUUCUCUUGGAUCAUCUGAAGCGGAGAUUGAGAAACUGGCCACACUUUAUUGGUUCACUGUGGAGUUUGGUCUCUGCAAGCAAAACGGAUUGAUCAAAGCUUAUGGGGCAGGACUGCUUUCAUCUUACGGGGAGCUUACGAGUCAGACAUUGCUGAGCUCUAACAUGUAAGAGCAGAUGAUCCAACUGAGAUUAUCACAGGAAAUCCAAGAGGAAUUUGAUCCGGUCCUUUGAACUUUCAGUAAGAUUUCUUAACUGUGAAGUACACAAGGAACUAUGUUGACUAUUGUCAUAUUUGGCUAGAGACCCCUUGUUUUACCAAACUGUUCUCUAGAAAAUGACCCUUUAUCCCUAAAAUGUUUCUGAUGUUUCCUGAAAGAGACAGCAAACACAGAGGAAAGAUAUAUUCUGUGCUCUAGAAAAUCUUAACCUGUCAAAAAAUUCACACUCCCAAAGGUAAAAGGUAGUUAGUGCUUCUUAGAAGGUCCACUUAAAUUUAUUAGCUCAAUUUACCUUUUGCCUGGACAACUUACCCCAAAUCUAAUCACUGAAGUACACAAGGUCUUUACUGAAGAGGUACCUAUUGCCCAUUUCUCUUGUUUAAUAAAUUUGUUUCUUGUUCCUCCAGAGUGGAAAAGAAGUUUUGGGUCCAAAAUAGCGUAUACAUGCAUUUCAUGAUAAGAAGACUUACCUUCCUCAUCAGUUCACUGCUCCGAGGAGGAUUUCAGAAGCAGCAUUUCAUAUCCAGGUUCACUACUUUCCCCAUGACAACUGGGAUGUUCGAAAGAGAAGCAUUCAAAGUGGUACCUUAGUACCUUAGUGUGCUGGUCUCCUUUUUUUAGAACUGGAUUUGAUUUCACUAGUUUGAUUUAAUUACUGUAUUUAAACUCUGAAUAAGUCUGGACUAUGGUUUUUCUAGGUGGUACGAUAUCCCAGACUCAUUCUGAAUAAAGGUACUGCUAUUAGAGGAAUUUCAAAAUGUUUUAGCAUUUCUCUACAUGGCAGACAGAAUGGUUUUGUAAUGUAAACUUACCUAACCUAAGCUGCCUUGCUUGCGCACUGGUAGCUGUCUCAUUGUGCCAGCAAGGAGCUUGGUAAGGGCUACUUUGCCCAUCUUGGGAGAGUUUUGCAGCCUCUGCUGAAUUCCCUGCUCCCAUGACCAGACUCUCCCUGCUGGCACUCAUCUGCAGCCGGAGGCCAAGUCUGCUGCCUUGAUGUCUCGGUGGAAUCUAAGUUCACUCUUCAGAUGUCCUAGUAUGUGCCACAGUAAUGCCAGUUAAUAAAGUACUUGCCUGACCUACAUCAGUUUUGAUUAAGAGCAGAACACCCCAAAACUGAGACUUGGGACUCCAGGAAUUAUGGACCAGAGUGUUUAGAGGCUGUGCAGAGCUUACAUGGCAGACCGAGUUGCCUUUGAAUGUACUAAGAUUCAGGCAUAGCAAAGUCAUUCUCUCUAUCAAGAUGUUCGGGGCAGUUUACCCUAAUUCUGCACUUCUUGUAUGUUUAUUUGCCAGUAACUGAGGAGUCCAGGUAAUGACAUCACCUCAGGAUUACCCUUUUAUCCACAAGCACUUCCACAUCCCCACCUACCCUUUUAACUACUGCUUUUUCCUUGGACUUAAUUCUAGACAGGGAACUGCCACAUUUCAGCAUUCUGGGGCUUAGGAGAAACAUGUAAGUGCUUGCCUAAAAGCCAUAGUUAGCGCAGGGAGCUACUCACAAUCAAGCAGUAGGCUAGAAGUAGGGUGCAUUGAGACCUCACUUUUGGGAUAUGCCCAGAGAGGCACUGAGGGGUCUUCUCAGUCAGCACAAUCCCAAGAAUGCCCAUGAAGUUGACAGAGACUGUAGAAACUCCUGUGGAGAUCAGAAGAUGCUUCAAACUGAGUGCUUCUUAACAUCCUGCUUGAUGGAUAUAAUAGCAACUGUUCAGGCAUCUGGUAGCCUUUGGCUAUGUGCUUCCUAAAGAGUGUAUAUUACUGCAUACUGCUUAAAGAGCACAAAGGCUGUUGGUAUGUGGUUAAUAAGCAAUGCACAAGCCAGAAUGUGGUAUUUAGAAAACCAAUGUGUUUUUAAUGUAAGUAGACAUUGUUACUAAUAUCUAAAUUAUAACCCCCCCACACCUUCCAGACUGAGUCCAAAGCACCUAUCCUUGCCAGGGACAACAAAGUAACCCAAAUAUGGAGUUUCUUGGUUGAGAUAGUUUUGAGUCAUGACAUUUCUUUAAAAUAAACAUUAGGAAAUUAUCCAAAAAGUGAGAUCACCCCGCUUUCUGAAGUAUCUUCCUAUCUCCCAAAUGUUUUGGCUAAUAUCAGUCGUUUGCUGAAAGCUUAUAGUCUGACAUAGAAUUUUGCCUGUACAAUUUCAGGUGGAUUAAUUUCAGCUUGAAAAAGUCAGCGUGGGAUUCAAAGUCAGGCUCAUUAUGGAAGAUCUUUCAUCAUACUAAACUGUGGAAGAAAGAAGCAUCUCUCCAUCUUGUAUUUUCUCUCAGUCAGCACUAACAAUAACUUUGCCUCUGCUACUGAACAGCUGAGCCAAAAAACCAGAAAGACAAAAGCCAAAGGCAAACCAAGAAGACAAGAAGCAGAGACAGCAAUGAAGACAGAGAGAGAAAAAACAAAAUCUACCCCACAUACAAACCUUGCUCUGAAAGCUCAAAGAUAGGAACAACAGUGUCUGUAAAAGUCAGCUUUGACAUUAGGAGAUGACAGCAGCAGCAGACAUGGCAAAGCACCUAACAUGACCUACUGUCAAGAAAAGCUAAUGAAAACAAGAUGGGAAAAAUAAGGGAAGUUUGUCACUUUAAAAGAGAAGAGUAAUUUUUAACACUGACAGUGUGCAAACCAAUCAAAUACUCAGAUGUUGGAUCAGGUCCAUAUCAAAGUAACCCAGCCUAUAAUUACAUGAGCAUCGAAAAAUGUCAAAACACAAUAAUAAAGAUACUGUGGAGUUGC